AUGAAUCAGGAAUAUAUGAAUUCAUUCAUUUCACUCAUGCCAGGAAAGAUGUUUGGACAUGGUGACCUUGGCCUUCCUGCAGGCCUUCAGAAUCAUAUCCUGCAGGAAUUGAAAGACAAAUGGCAAAAUGAGCUUCACUUUAAAUCAGUUCAAGUGAAGCCUUUGUCAUUAGAAAACAAGCUUGCAAAAUCUACCUUUAAGGUGUCAUAUGAUUUCAACACACUCUCGUCAGUUAUACCCAAAACAAACAGAUUUCUAGCAGGAAGUGAAGACACCCAGAAAAUUGUAGUCAAGUAUGAGGGGGUUCCAUUGAAGGAUGUUGUUGUGGAUGAAGACCUAUCAGUUCCUCUUGAAUAUGAAUCAGAGAAGAACAUGUCUUCAAAGAAAUUUUCAUAUAAUGAUGAGGACAUGUAUCAAGAGCUCAGAUUGCAGUUGGACCUUGGAUCUCAUGAAGUCACCAGAGAGGAAGUCCCUUUACCAAGAGAUGUAUCAGAAAGCCAAAGGAGGACGAGAGAGAUCCUUAUGAAGUGGGAGCUGCUAAAUGCUGUAUGCUGUUCUCUGAUUGAGUCUCCUAAUUUGAUGGAGGUUGAUGAUCCAACUCGCAAAGUUUUGUCUAUGUACUCUGGGAUGAUUUUGAAGUAUGAUCCUGAAUUCAUCUUGAAGGCUGCACUAUAUGCAAGAGAAGAACUUUUUCUUCGAUCAACAGCCAAUUUCCUUCUGUCAUACUCAGCAUUCAUGCCAGAAUGUCGACCAUAUUUGAAGAAAUACUUUGCUUCUUGCAUUCGCACUCCUGCAGAUUGGAUCCAAGUGCCCCAGUUUUACAUGGUCUUCCAUGAGCAAUGUGAGAUCAGCUUUCUGCCUGCUGCAUUGAGGAAGUGCCUUGUCUCAAAAUUUUCUGAAUUUGAUGCCUAUCAAUUGGCAAAGUACAAGGGGCGCUACACAGCCAAGAAGACAACACGGAAAUUAAAUGCUGGAAACUUAACCAAAUCACAUGAUGAGGAAGACCAAGAGGAACUCUACAUUGGUGAUCUCUUCUCACCCUCUGAUGAAGAGGAGGAGGUUGAUGAAGACUCUGAAGAUGAUGAAGAAACAGGAGCAAGAAGUCAGGAGAAACAGAAGAGAAGCAAGAAAGAAAUGUUGGUGAAGAGGCGUUUCAAUUUGAAGCGCCUUGUCCGAUGCCUUCACAUCUCCCAGCCUCCAGAGCUUGUCAUGAGCCUUCUUGGGAAAAGGUACCCAGAAAGUGUGAAGAGAUUCAUGCAGUCAGGUUUACCAGGGCAUUUUGAUGAGCAAAUGAGUGGGAAGAGGAUGAAGUUGUCUGUCCCUGAAACAUGGGAGACUCAGGUCUCACUCAAAGGGAAUAAAGCCUCAAUAUGGGAAGCCCUCAUUGAUGCAAAGAAGCUCCCAUUUGUUGCUAUGCUGAGGAACAUUCGGAACCUCCUGCUUGCAGGUAUCAGCAAAAACCAUCACCAGAAAGUCCUCUUCACCCUUUCCAGCAUGAAAGCUGUGACCCGUUCCCGGCUCCCUGCAUUCAGGUUCUUCACAGCCUAUGAAGUAUUGGACGAAUUGGAAAAGAAUGUGAAGGAAGCAAAAAGCAGUGGCAUUCAAGAGCAACAAGAAAGGAGGAAGAAGAUACCAGCUUGGGCUCGUAUCAAAGAGGAAAGGAAGCAGAAGAAGUAUCUUUCAUUGGCAACAGAAGAACAUGCAAAACUAUUGGAAAGAUAUAGGCAAGCACUAGAUAAAGCAGUGAAAUGGGCAACCCUGUACAACAUUCCACACAUCGAUGGUUCUACUGUGAUCUUGGUUGAUAUAGGACCAUCAAUGAAUGCCUCCUGCUUGUCUGCAAAGGGGCUUGGAAAGCCUCGUACUGUGCGUGAGGUUGGUUUGCUGCUGGGGAUCAUGUGUGCACAUGUAUGUGAGGACUCCAGGCUUAUUGCCUAUGGUUGCUCCACCUAUUCUCAUGUCCCCCUCAAGCAAGGAAUCAUCCUGAGCAAUGUGGAAGAUGCUCUUCUGCUUCAAAGAGCUUCUGUUGGUGGAACAGACCAAAUUAUGUCAGGUUCAGAAGAUGUAGUGGUCCUUGAAGUUGUGAAGAUGACCUCAGUGGUUGUGGUUGUUGUUCUCCCAUCACAACUCAGUUCAUCCUCUGAUGUGGGCACUGGGAAGAAUGCUGCUGAUGGGAUUGUCUUCAAUGAUGUGUUGGUGAUGGAAAUGUCAAUCUCAGGACUUGUUAUCCCAGCAAAAGCUCCUGUAGAAAGACUACGAAUCUGUCGCCCAACCAGGACAAGCUUACUCAGUCUGGGAUUGAAUGCUAUUCAAGAGAAGUCGACCCAUCCCAACAAAUGUGUUCUCAGGGAGCUCCCGGAUCUUGUUGUGUCCAAGAUUGAGUUGCUGGAUUUGAGAGGAGUUCUGAAAUGCUGUCUCUCCGACAGUCUCAAUUUCAUUGAAAUCAGUGAUUCCUGUGAUGUCCAUUACCUGGCUCUUACAUGUGAUAUAUGCAAAGAUGGGUCUGAAGCUCACAAGGAUGCGAUUGGAGUGAAGAAUGAGAUGGCGCAAGUUCCCUACAUCAGCCAAGGCAUCGGUGGGGAGUUCUCCAAGAAAGUUAACUUACAAGAAAGCUUGAGGCUGGAUGAGGCCAAUUGUGUUGGAGCUGAGGUUGAGGACCUGCAAGUGUGGCUGAUGUUUGAAGGCUUCCUGUGGUAUCAGAUCUGA